AUGAUACAAAUAGAUGGUGAAAAUAACAUCUCAACCAUACGAUCCUUGAAACGAUCUAUUUCGCCUGAUUUUUCAUUAAUUCUCGAACGUAAAAGCAAAACCGGCAAAUUCCAAGUGCAAAAAAAUAAUGGUAAUAAGGAAAAUCUUAUUAAACGUUUUCAUUCCGAUUUGGUUUUCACAAAACAUUCAUCAUUUAUCGUCAAAGAAAAACCUGUGAAAAAAUCUUGGUAUCAAUCACAUCAACUAUGGUUGAAUCUCAUGAGAAAAACUCAGGAUAAAACAUAUCAAUGUCGUGUGAACUUUCUCGAUUCACAUCCGUCAAUAACAGCGAAAAUGCGAAGUGUUCUGUUUGAUUGGUUAAUCGAAGUCAGCGAAGUUUAUCAUCUUCAUCGUGAAACGUAUCAUUUAUCCAUUGCUUACAUUGAUCAAUAUUUAUGCCAAAAGAAAAACUUAGCAAAAAGCAAAUUUCAAUUAGUUGGUAUCACCGCUCUGUUUGUUGCCGCAAAGAUCGAAGAAAUUUAUCCACCACGUUUAUCGGACUUUUCCUAUGUGACCGACAACACGUGUGCUGAAGAAGACAUUCUUGAAAUGGAAUUGGAACUAAUGAAUACACUGAAUUGGCAUAUAAGUCCAGUAACAUCAAUCACUUGGUUGUUAAUUUACUUGCAAGCUGAUCGCGAACUUGAAAGUUUGGCAGAUGAAAACCAACGAUCAGUUAACAGUGUAAUUCUUCAAAAUUCGAUUUUGACUAAAGUCCAUCGAUCUAAAGAGUUUCUUCAAACAUUUUCAUUGGCUGUUCGAUUACUUGAUUUAUGUUCGUUGGAUUUGGAAUAUAGUCAGUUUUCGAAACAUAUUCUUGCUGCAUCGGCUAUUCUUUUAUGCAGACCAAAUUGGCCACUGGAAAAAGUCACAAGUUUAACUGAUGAUGAUGUUUGUGUAUGUAAAGAAUGGAUGAAACCAUUCUCCGAAGUAUUGAUUAAUUCACCACCGACUUCGUCAACUCGGUUAGGUGCAGAAAUACCCAUGGAUGAAGUUUAUUCCAUUCAAAUUCAUGAUAUCUCAACCGAUUUAUUGGAGAAUGUCCACGAAAAACGUCCAAAAUUCGUUCCAACGAGUCGACCAUUUCGUGAUCUUCUCAAUCAUUUGUCUUGGUUGCCAGCUAUCGUUGAAAAACAACAUGAGAAAAAAGCAAUUAAUGAGCUCGUUCUCAUUGCUUAA